UUCUUUUCUUUUUUAAAUUUCAUUCCUUUGUUUCUCUCUUUCUUUCUUCAUUAACAUUCUUCUUAUUUCCUCAUUACUGAUCAUCUCCUUUUCUUGGGUAAAAGAUGGCAGAUGCAGAGGACAUUCAGCCUCUUGUGUGUGAUAAUGGAACAGGAAUGGUCAAGGCUGGAUUUGCUGGGGAUGAUGCUCCCCGGGCAGUCUUCCCUAGCAUUGUUGGUCGUCCUCGCCACACCGGGGUGAUGGUUGGCAUGGGCCAGAAAGAUGCUUAUGUUGGCGAUGAAGCUCAAUCCAAGCGUGGUAUUUUGACUCUGAAAUACCCAAUUGAGCAUGGUAUUGUGAGCAACUGGGAUGAUAUGGAAAAGAUAUGGCAUCACACGUUCUAUAACGAGCUCCGUGUUGCGCCGGAGGAGCAUCCUGUUCUCCUAACAGAGGCUCCUCUUAACCCCAAGGCUAACCGUGAAAAGAUGACCCAAAUCAUGUUUGAGACCUUCAACACUCCGGCAAUGUAUGUAGCUAUUCAAGCUGUCCUCUCACUGUAUGCCAGCGGCCGAACGACUGGCAUUGUGAUGGACUCUGGUGAUGGUGUCAGUCAUACAGUCCCCAUAUAUGAGGGUUAUGCUCUUCCACAUGCCAUUCUUCGACUUGAUCUAGCUGGCCGUGAUCUAACCGAUAACUUGAUGAAAAUCCUCACGGAGCGUGGUUAUUCAUUUACCACCACAGCAGAGCGUGAGAUUGUGAGAGAUAUGAAGGAAAAGCUUUCAUAUAUUGCGCUUGACUACGAGCAGGAGCUUGAAACAUCCAAAACCAGUUCAUCCGUUGAAAAGAGCUAUGAGUUGCCUGAUGGACAGGUCAUCACAAUUGGUGCUGAGCGUUUUAGAUGCCCAGAAGUUCUUUUCCAGCCAUCCAUGAUCGGAAUGGAAGCUGCAGGUAUUCAUGAAACCACAUAUAAUUCCAUCAUGAAGUGCGAUGUGGAUAUCAGGAAGGAUCUGUAUGGCAACAUUGUCCUCUCUGGUGGUUCGACCAUGUUUUCAGGAAUUGCCGAUAGAAUGAGCAAGGAAAUCUCCGCAUUGGCUCCAAGCAGCAUGAAGAUCAAGGUGGUGGCACCACCAGAGAGAAAAUAUAGUGUCUGGAUUGGUGGCUCUAUCUUGGCUUCUCUGAGUACCUUCCAGCAGGUUGAUAUUACUCAGAGACUUUCACUAAAUGCUUUCAGUUUAGCUCUCACUUAUUUUCAACACUUAUCACUGUCGUUGAUGUCUUGUUUCUUUUCCUGCAGAUGUGGAUUGCAAAGGCAGAGUAUGAUGAAUCUGGGCCAUCCAUUGUGCACAGGAAAUGCUUCUAAAAAUGACAAGAAACAGAAAGAUUAAAACAUGGGAGUACUGCUAUUUUUAUGUCUCGGAAUGAAAGGAAAUUCAUAACCAUUUUUUGAUCUACCUUUAUUAUCCUUCUCUAUUGUUCUAAUAUUGAAAUAAUUUGUAAAGAAGGCAUUGGAGUUGGUUACCGAGACUGUACCAUUCUUUUAUUAAUAUUUAUUUCUUCUACUACUUGCUUACCAAAA